AUGGCUGUCCGCGAACCAGACCACACUAUUCUGGUUUGGAUAGACGGGCUCUCAAUUGACCAAGAGAACAAGACGGAACGCGCCAAGCAGGUCCAAUUGAUGGACAAAAUUUACCGACAGGCAACAUGUGUUGCCAUUUGGCUUGGACCUGAAGCAGAUGAUAGUGGGCGGGCAAUACGACUAUUGACUGAUUCGGCGGCCCAAGCGAAACGUAAAUGGACCGGCCUAUUGGAGCAUCACGACGUCAAAGCUUUGCACUCUCUAUUCAGGAGGAACUAUUGGAGUCGGCUUUGGGUUGUACAGGAAGUAUUCCAUGCAAAGAAAAAGAUAGUCUACUGCGGCUCUUCCAAACUCCCCUGGCACCUAUGCAAGAAAGCAUCAGAUGCUCUUUGGCAACACGAAAGCGACCCUUACCUCUGGACUGGACCAAGUAGCUUUCCAGACGUUCAACGUCUCAUGGUGUUGGGCCCAAACUCUCUGCUAGAAGUUUUACGAGCUUGCCGAAGGAAGCUAAGCGAGAACCCAAGGGAUAAGAUAUUCGGUGUGCUAGGCAUACUCCCAAACGAUAUACGCGAACGCCUACACGUGAGCUACGACAAAUCCGUCAAGUCACUAUACCUGGAAGUCGCCCAACUCAUCGUCUGUUCCACGCAUCGCCUUGAUGUGAUGCGCGAAGCGAUUCACUUUCCUGUUCAGGUCAGCUUUACUGACUUGCCUACAUGGUGUCCAAAUUGGGCACAGGUUCCAGAAAACUCGGCUCUGUCUUCGAAUACCUUCUCGGCGGCAAGUGACCGCGACGCUGAGUACAAGUUCAAGGACGAAUUCCGGAAGCUUGAGAUUUCUGCCGUCGAAUUGGAUAUUAUCGAUACGACCGGUGUGGCGGUAGGCACUCUGUGCUCGCUACAAGAUUAUCUCAUGGCCUUCCUGAACUGGCGGAUGCUGCUUCUCUCUCAUUUCGACAUUACGGAAGACGAAGAGGCGGAUCAUCCGCGCGUAAAUGAGUUCUGCAAAACGCUCUCAUUAGGUCAGCCACUUGAAGAAUUGGAGCAUUGCUGGACAAGAGCCUGCUAUUAUAUCUUCUCUUCAUGGAUUCAGGAGCGAUUCCCGCGUCUUCAGCUAGACCCCAAGUUCAAGCAACAAGGGGAGUCGGACAACUUGCAACCCCAUGAGCUACGAUCAUUCAUACAACAAUAUUUUGGGGACAGAAUGAUGGGUAGAACCUUUUGCAUCACGAGAGACGGGUUGAUAUUCAUGGGCCGCGAAGACAUCGUCAUUGUACCGUUUGGUUGUUCGACACCCAUCAUACUGCGUGCGGAAGGCGAAAGCAAUGAGUAUCGCUACGUUGGCGAUGUAUACAUCCAUGGUUAUAUGCAUGGCGAAGCGCUCGCAAGCGACAAGCCACUGAAGCCAGUCAAGAAGUAUACAUUGCACUGA